CUUCAUUAGUUUUUGUAGGAGCCAACCUAGCAACCUUAAAUAAAUUCUUAAUUAUACAAUUAAUUACAACACAUUCUAAUUAGCAAAGUAAUUAUGGGAUGUUAUCAGGCAGAGGAUGUUACAUUUAGACCUCUUGCUCAUUUUCCUCCGGAUAUUUGGGGUGAACACUUUGUCACUUUCACUCCAGAAGACAAUAUGAAAAUGGAAAUAUAUGCAAAAGAGAUUGAACCAUUGAAGGAGGACUUGAGAAAGAAGCUAUUCAUUAUGAAUGAUUCUGUUGAUUUGGGGAGGAAGCUGAGUUUCAUAGAUGCAGUGGAACGUUUAGGAGUUUCCUAUCACUUUGAGAGUGAAAUCGAAGACAUGUUGAACAAGAUUUUCAAAGAAUUUGCUGCAAAUAAUUUUGACAUCGACUAUGAUUUAUACAACACUGCAUGCCAAUUUCGCAUAUUUAGGCAACAUGGACACAAAAUGCCUUGUGAUGUAUUCAACAAGUUCACUAAUAGUGAUGGCAAGUUUAAAGAGAGUCUAAGGAAUGACAUAAAGGCAAUAGUGAGCUUGUAUGAAGCUGCACACUUAAGGGUAUAUGGUGAACCUAUCCUAGACGAAGCUUUCGCUUUCGCUACGGAUGUCCUCCAAUCAAGUGCACCAUAUUCCGAGCUAGCUCGUCAUGCAUUGAAGCAAGUAUUGCACUUUGGCAUUCAAAGGGUGGAGAGUCGCCUUUUCAUUUCUUUCUACGAGGAAGAUGAAACACGACAUGAAACGCUUUUGAAGCUAGCAAAGAUUGAUUUCAAUAGGGUGCAACUAUUGUAUCGUAAAGAAUUGAGCCAAGUCUUAAGGUGGUGGCACGUGUUGGAUUUUAAAACAAAGCUUCCUUAUGCGAGACAAAGAAGUGUGGAAUGCCAUUUUUGGUCAAUAGCAAUGUACUAUGAACCUCAACAUUCUCAUGCUAGAAUGUUACUUGUUAAAGUUCUCCUUGUCAUUUCAAUAUUGGAUGAUACUUAUGAUGCUUAUGGAACAUUUGAAGAACUUGAGCUCCUAACAGAAGCAUUUGAAAGGUGGGACUUGAACGCAAUGGAGCAGUUUCCUAAAGAGUACAUGAAAUUAGUUUUUCAAUUUGUAUACAACAUUUAUAAUGGGUUUGCUAAAGAAAUGACAGAGCUUGGGAAACCAUAUGCAGCUAAGUUCGCUAAAGACCGGGUAAUGGAUUUGAUAAGAAGCUAUUACACUGAAGCGAAGUGGUACAAAGCAAAAUAUGUGCCUACAUUUGAAGAAUAUAUGGUGAAUGCAAGAAUCACAGGGGUUGCUCAAAUUCUUACUACUUCAUCCUUGUUGGGAAUGGAAGAAAUUAUGGAAGUGAAACCAUUUAAGCAGAUAAUACAAGCCCCUAACAAGGCCAUUAGAGCUUGUGAAAUUAUUGGACGCAUCAUGGAUGAUGUUGUUAGUCAUGAAGAGGAGCAAGCUAGAGGCCAUGUUGCCUCGGGCGUGGAAUGCUAUAUGAAAGACUAUAACAUGAGUAGAGAAGAAGUGGUGCAAAUUUUUAACAAAAUGGUUGAAGAUGCAUGGAAGGAAUUGAAUGAGGAAUUUCUGAUCAAGUCUAGGCCAGGAGACGACGACCUUCCAAAGGCAGUGCUCAAACGAGUCCUCAACCUUGCUCGAGUGGUGGAUGCCUUGUACAAGGUCAUUGAUGGGUACACUUACUCGGCCAAACUGAUUAAGGGCGACAUAAUCUCAACUUAUACUCAGCCUAUUCCUCUUUAAAUAAGUUGAAUUGGGUCGCCAAAUAAAAUUUGUACUACUAUUUCUAGUAAAGAUUCUAGACUUAAAUGUCUGAUAUAUAUUGUACGGUGAUGUUGUUGUUGACGUUGGUACUUGUGUGAUGUUAUUGUGUGGAGCUUAAUGUUUGA